AAAAAUAAAAAAAAUAAAACGUGACUGUCCAAGAACCUUUUUCUCCCUAGUCGCCAAAUUCCAGGACUUCAUUUUCCUUGUCAAAUAAGAUUUGAAUUUGAUCCUUCCCUGUCGCCAUCCCGUUAAGACCCUUCCUCAGUUUUUGUUGUAAAGUUCGCCUUUUCUCUUUAUAUUAUAAUUCCUUUUACUUUGGACAUUUCACUCUCUCAAACACGCCAUUACAACAACAACAACAGAAAAGAAGAAAACCCCCCCAACCCCAAGCACCAGCAUUCACACAUCUCCUUUCAAUGGCAUGGGCUGGAAGCUGCUCAAUAUUAUAUACCAACGAUCAUAAACAGAAGAUGUCUUUGAUCCAUAGAUCAUGGCCUCAAAAGUGGUUUCUGUAGAUUUUAUUACUGUAUUUUUAUAUUCCUCUCAUCUAAGAGAAGAAAGUUGAGAGGGAUCCUCGAUUUGUUUUUGGGAUGGAUUCAAAAACGCCAGUUGAGAAUUUGUAUAGUGUUGAACCUGCCUUAAAUUCCUCAUCAAGAAGGAGCAACUUUUCUAUUCCAUCCAAAGCUUCGGGUGGAAAUUCGAUUAGGGAAGUGAAUUUUAGUGAUUUGGGAUCAAAGCCUGUGAGAUAUGGAUCUCGUGGUGCUGAUUCAGAUACGUAUAGCACGUCACAGAAAGAGAUCAAUGAUGAAGAUGCUAGGUUGGUACAUAUAAAUGAUCCUGUCAAGACAAAUGAGAGGUUUGAGUUUGCUGGGAAUUCCAUUCAGACUGGAAAGUACUCAAUCCUAACAUUUUUGCCUAGGAACUUGUUUGAGCAGUUUCAUAGAGUUGCCUAUACAUACUUCCUUGUGAUUGUCGUGCUUAAUCAGCUGCCUCAGCUUGCAGUAUUUAGCCGUGAGGCUUCAUUUAUGCCAUUGACAUUUGUCCUUCUGGUUACAGCAGUUAAGGAUGCAUAUGAGGACUUCAGGCGGCAUAGAUCAGAUAGGAUUGAGAAUAAUACGCUAGCAUCAGUUUUGGUAAAUGAUCAAUUUCAACAAAAGAAAUGGAAGAACAUUCAGGUUGGUGAGAUAAUCAAGAUCCAGGCAAAUGAAACUAUUCCUUGUGAUAUGGUGCUGCUCUCAACUAGUGAUCCAACUGGGGUUGCAUAUGUGCAGACUAUUAAUUUGGAUGGAGAGUCCAACUUGAAGACACGAUAUGCAAAACAGGAGACCCUUCUGAAGAUUCCCGAAAAGGAGAAGGUUACUGGGUUGAUUAAGUGUGAGAAACCUAACAGGAACAUUUAUGGGUUUCAGGCUAACAUGGAAGUUGAUGGGAAACGACUAUCACUUGGUCCCUCUAAUAUUAUUCUUCGUGGCUGUGAGCUCAAAAUUACUGCUUGGGCAGUUGGGGUUGCUGUCUAUGCUGGCCGUGAGACCAAAGCAAUGCUUAACAGCUCAGGAGCUCCAUCUAAGAGGAGUCGGCUUGAGACUCAUAUGAACUUUGAGAUCAUCUUCCUCUCUCUGUUUCUUAUUGCUCUGUGUACUGUUGUCUCUGUCUGCGCUGCUGUUUGGUUGAGACGCCACAGGGACAAGUUGGAUUACUUGCCGUUUUACAGAAGAAAGCACUUCUCUGGGGGGGAAGAAGAUAACUAUAAUUAUUAUGGAUGGGGAUUGGAAAUAUUUUUUACAUUCCUCAUGUCAGUAAUUGUGUUCCAGACAAUGAUUCCCAUCUCAUUGUAUAUUUCCAUGGAGUUAGUCCGGGUUGGUCAGGCUUACUUCAUGAUUGGAGAUACCCAGAUGUAUGAUGAGUCUUCACAAUCAAGGUUUCAGUGUAGGGCUUUGAAUAUAAAUGAGGACCUAGGACAAAUAAAAUAUGUUUUCUCUGACAAAACUGGUACACUUACUGAGAACAAGAUGGAAUUUCAGUGUGCAAGCAUUUGGGGGAAAGAUUACAGUGGCGGAAAGGCCAUGUCUCAAGAUCAGGAAGAUGGUUACUUUGUCCAAGUCGAUGGGAAGGUUUUGAGGCCUAAGAUGAAGGUAAAGACUGACCCAGAGCUUCUCCAAUUUGCUAGGAGUGGAAAGGAAAUGAAAGAAUGCGGUCAUAUCCAUGAUUUCUUCCUUGCACUCGCAGCUUGCAAUACAAUUGUGCCUCUAAUCCUAGAUACACCUGAUCCUACUGUGAAGUUGAUAGAUUACCAAGGGGAGUCUCCGGAUGAACAGGCAUUGGUUUAUGCUGCUGCAGCAUAUGGAUUUAUGCUGAUAGAACGAACCUCUGGCCAUAUUGUUAUUGGCAUUCAAGGAGAAAGGCAAAGGUUCAGUGUUUUGGGUUUGCACGAGUUUGAUAGUGAUCGGAAGAGGAUGUCUGUUAUAUUGGGGUUCCCUGACAAAUCUGUUAAAGUGUUUGUAAAAGGCGCUGACACGUCCAUGUUUAGUGUCAUAGACAGAUCUUUGAAAAUAAAUGUUAUACACACAACUGAAACCCAUCUUUACUCCUAUUCCUCAUUGGGUUUGAGAACACUUGUUGUUGGGAUGAAAGAACUGAGUACUUCAGAAUUUGAGGAUUGGCACUCUGCGUAUGAGGCAGCAAGCGCUGCUCUAAUGGGUAGAACCACUUUGCUUCGGAAGGUUGCAAACAAUAUAGAAAACAAUCUCUAUUUACUGGGUGCCUCAGGCAUCGAAGAUAAACUUCAACAAGGAGUGCCAGAGGCUAUUGAGUCUCUUAGAACAGCGGGGAUCAAAGUUUGGGUGUUGACUGGGGACAAGCAAGAAACCGCCAUAUCAAUUGGGUACUCCUCGAAGCUCUUGACGAGUAAAAUGACACCAAUUAUAAUUAACAGCAACUCUAAGGAGUCAUGCAGAAAGAGUUUAGAAGAUGCCAUCAUCAUGUGUAAGAAAUUCACGACUAUAUCAGGCACUACAAAUAACACUGGAAGAACUUCAAGAGCUGGUUUAACUCCAGUAGCUUUGAUUAUUGAUGGUACCAGCCUUGUAUAUAUUCUUGACAGUGAACUUGAAGAAAGGCUCUUCCAGUUAUCCUGUAAUUGUUCUGUGGUUUUGUGUUGUCGAGUGGCCCCGUUACAAAAAGCUGGUAUCGUUGCCCUUGUAAAGAACAGGACUUUGGACAUGACACUUGCCAUUGGGGAUGGUGCUAAUGAUGUUUCAAUGAUCCAAAUGGCGGAUGUGGGAGUUGGCAUCAGUGGCCAAGAGGGUAGGCAAGCCGUAAUGGCAUCAGAUUUUGCGAUGGGGCAGUUCAGAUUCUUAGUUCCUCUUUUGUUGGUCCAUGGCCACUGGAAUUACCAGCGGAUGGGCUACAUGAUACUAUACAAUUUUUACAGGAAUGCAGUGUUUGUCCUUGUUUCGUUUUGGUAUGUUCUCUUUACAUGUUUCACUUUGACCACUGCAAUCAGUGAAUGGAGCGGUGUGUUGUAUUCUGUAAUCUACACAUCAGUUCCUACGAUUGUUGUUGCUGUUCUUGACAAGGACCUAAGUAGAAGGACUCUUUUGAAGUAUCCUCAGCUGUAUGGUGCCGGCCACAAACAAGAAUGCUACAACAAAAAACUUUUUUGGAUAACAAUGAUUGAUGCUUUCUGGCAAAGUGCAGUUACCUUUUUUAUUCCUCUUCUUGCAUACUGGGGCAGCACCAUUGAUGCAUCAAGUAUAGGAGAUCUUUGGACUCUUGCUGUUGUUAUAUUGGUUAAUUUACAUUUGGCUAUGGAUGUCAUCCGGUGGAAUUGGAUAACUCAUGCAGCCAUAUGGGGAUCUAUAAUUGCAACUUUCAUUUGCGUCAUCAUUAUUGAUGCUAUACCAUCUUUAAUUGGUUACUGGGCCAUCUUCGAAAUUGCAAAGACAAGAUUGUUUUGGUUGUGUUUGCUUGCCAUCAUUGUAGCCGCACUAAUUCCUCGUUUUGUUGUGAAAGUUCUUUAUCAGUUGUACACACCUUGCGAUGUUCAGAUUGCAAGGGAAGCGGAAAAGUUUCAGACUCAAAUUGAGUCUGGAGCUGUAGAAAUAGAAAUGAAUCCAAUCUUGGACCCUCCAAGGAGUUGAAAAGUAGCACAUUGGAAUUAUCAAUGAUGCCGAUGAGCUCCUUGACUCCUUUUCAUUUUUGAAGCUGAGAAAACAUGGUUAAAUCUCAUGAAGUUCUUGCAUUCCUUGCUGGACAAAAGAGAUUGUGAUCAGCUGUCUGUCAUUUUUCUCAAUAUCAUAUUGAGUUGGAUGAGCAUGAGAUUCUCUUGCUGUUUAAAAUCUUGAACAGGUAUGAGUUGAAGAUUAUCAAAAUGUAGAAUAAGAUCUGCAUCUUUGAUCAUGUCAUACAAGGAACGGCAACAUGGAGUAGUGGAGUGGUGGAUGCAAGUUCUUGUAUGCUAGACACUUUAGUUUCAUGUAAAAGUGGAGUUGUGGAAGCUGUGAUGCAGAUAAACUUUUUAAGAAAUCGAUCUCGUGUAAUUCUUGGAGACUACAGCAAGUCAACUUUGUAUGCAUGGCAUCAAUUGAUGACAGAGGGAUCUCCCUCUCUCUUUCCUUCUCGACCAGAUUGACUCUCCCCCGUCACCAACACUCUUCCAAAAUUGCCCUCUCCUUCUUCCUUUAUUCCAAAUCCCUCCCUCCUCUCCGCCACCUACAACCUCACCAGUGACUUUCUCUGCAAAGUCCUCCAAUUCGAUGUUGUUUGGCAGCUCACUAUCGAAAUGGAUCAAUCAAACAUUCCUCACUAUUCCUCCACUUUCAUGAUUUUGA